AUGGAAGAGAAAAGGCCGGAGAUCUUUGGGGUGGAUGGGGUCGACGAGUUCUUCGGUGAUGAUGUGGAAGAGGAACGAGAGCAAUCCCGCGACAUGGCCGACAGAGAACUAGCGGCACUCCAAGCCCGCCUCACCACCCUCGGCUACCAGGACGGCGUGGAUGACGGCGUGCAGGAGUCCGUACAGGAGGGUUUCGACCAGGGUUACGCGGUGGGGGCGGCCGCGGGGUGGGAGGUCGGGUCGCUGUACGGCGCAGCCGCCGCUGCGGAAGCAGCCCUCAAGCAGGCCGCUCGCGGGGGGCAAUCCACGGAGAAGGACGCGGGGACGGUAGGAGGGCUACGACUCGAAACGGCGGCAGGAAGUAGCACGUCUGGAGCUGCGUUGAGUGCAGCACCCCUAGGAUCUACGGGUGCUAGUGAGAUUGCCGGAGGGGGGGGGAAUAGUAGCAGCAGUGGUGGUGCCGUAUCGCAACCAGUAGAGGGCUAUAGAAAUACUAAGACUUCCCCAGCCGCGGGAACGGCGGAGGAUUUGCAGCGGUUGGUGGGGGAGCUUCGACGGGCAAGUCUGUUGGGACCGGAUGGACCGGGUGUGCCCGACAGGGCGGAAGUCCUACGGAGACUUCGACUCGUCGGCCCCGCGGGAGUAGCUGUUGCUGAUGGCUUGGACGAGUAG